UAGAGAAUACGUUAUCUCGGCAAUUAUAGAAACAAUAUAUAAAGGCAGUAUCAGCAUUAUAUUUUGACAUACAGAGAUAUUUCAGAUACGCCAUCUUUGUUCAGGGCAAGCAAAAAAAAAAAAAAAAAAAAAAAAUGCCGAAAAGUUGCUCGGCGUAUAACUGCACCAAUAGGUAUAGUAGCAAAAACCCAGAAAUUACUUUCCACAGAUUCCCGUUCAGCAAGCCGUCCGUUUUGAAGCAGUGGUUGGACAACAUUGGACGUGGCGACUUUCGUCCGAGGAAGCACAUGGUUAUUUGUUCCCUGCAUUUCACGCCCGAGUGUUUCAGUGGUGUAGGCAACCGGAAAAACCUGCUGUGGAACGCUGUUCCAACUGUUUUUACAAUCCCAACUCAUGACGCAAAGCAGAGACGUUCCAGAAAGAAACUGAGGACGUUUGAACCCACUCUCUCUAAAUGCCAUGGAUGUGCACCAAAGUGGACGCUCAGUGUCGGUGACCGUAAUCAAAGUGAAGACAUGCAAAAAGAAUCUCUUCAGACCUCAGUUGAACAUCAUGAAAGUCUGGAAAGGGUCUAUAACCAUCACACAACUCCAAAGGAUUUUUGGCUCAGUGACCACAGUUAUGCCUUAUCAGAUCCUUGCUCAGCAAAAGCUCACCUGUUUGAUGCCUUAGAGAGGAAUAAAUGGCUGAGAAAGAGGUUGAAGACCAAAUUUCGUGAGAUCAAAAGACUCAAACGGAGAUUACAAGCUGCUCAAAGACAGUUAAUGACCCUUCGUUGUUGGCGUGAUUUUAGUCUAAUGUGGCGGCAAAGACGCUUGUGCUUCUCAGUUAUUAAGGACAAAUUCAAGAAACCAACUACUUUGGAAAGCCUAAAUAGAGCUCCACAACAUGCAGUCUAGAAGUUCAAGGAUUCACUGUGUGAAAGGAUAGACAAUGGCUUCUGAUUUGAGUCAUCUUUGUCAUGGACGAAGAUGCAAUGCAUAAAAAACAACUACACCGUAUAGGACAAGCAAUUAAAUGCAGAACUGACUAGUUAAUUUUUGACUGAUGUUACAUGUUUAGUUGACAUUGCUGGGGAGCAUGGUAAAAGUUUAGAUAAACAUACCACAGGGUUCUAGACAGUAUCAUCUGGACAUGUUCCACCUGCCAGAGAAUAAGCCAUUCAAUUUUGAAAAAGGCAAGGUAUGUCUUAAAUUCAGGUUAUUUUCAUAAAAGGGAAGUAAGGAUGCAUGAGCUGUAACUUGUUACUGCAGCUUUCUUGACUGGUCAAUCAGACAGCAAUCUGCAAUUAAAUUGUAUUUAAAACA